GUUUAUUAGAUGAAAUACCGAUAAAUUCAGAAUAUUCCACCUACAAAAGAUACAAUGCCUCACAACUAACCAGCAGAACAACUCCUCCAAAAUGUGUUCAAAUGCUAGUUCGGGAUUUUAUUGACGAUUCGUUAUAUAAUCCAAAUUAUGGGUAUUUUUCAAAACAAGCAAUUAUUUUCUCAUCCGAAAAAGAAUUUGAAUUUAAUAAAAUUAAAGAUAAUUUGGAAUUUAUGAACUUGGUGGCAAAAAUGUAUAAAGAACAUGAAGUGCCUUUAGAUGUAACAAAUAAAGCGUCUAGACAAGUUUGGCAUACUUCAACUGAAUUAUUUAAGCCUUGGUAUGGAUAUGCAAUAGCAAAAUACGUAGUUACUGAAUAUAAAUUAAGCGGUUAUCCUUCACAUGAUCUGAUAAUUUAUGAACUUGGAGCUGGUAAUGCAACUUUAAUGCGUAACAUUUUGGACUAUAUUCAAAAGUUCGAACCAUCUAUUUAUAAAAGAACAAGAUAUAGAAUUGUAGAGAUCAGCUCGAAAUUAGCUGAACUACAACUCCAAAGUCAAAAUGUUCAAAAUAAUAAGAACGUACAUGAUUGUGUUGAAGUUAUCAAUAAGAGUAUUUUUGAUUGGAAUGAACUUGUUGCUGAUCCUUGUUAUAUUUUUGCCUUUGAAGAUAAUUUCGCUCAUGAUUUAGUUCGUUAUGAUUAUGUCGACGAAAAACCGUAUCAAGCUAUUGUAGUAAUAGACGACAAAGGUGAAUUUGAAGAAAUAUAUGAACCUGUUAACGAUCCGUUAAUUACUCGCUACCUUACUCUUCGUAGCAGAACCCUUUAUAAAACUCCUGUUCUACAAAACCGUUUUUUCCGAAAAUUACGCAACAAACUUCCCUUUUCCCCAAAUAUGACCCCCCCGGAGUUCAUUCCCACAAAAGAAUUAUUGUUUCUUGAAAUACUAAAAGACUAUUUUCCACAACAUCGUUUAAUAAUUUCGGAUUUUUAUAAACUUCCCGAUACAAUUAGAGGUAUAGAUGCCCCUGUAGUACAAACUCGUUAUGAAGAUACUAUGGUCCCUUGUUCAACUUUCAUGGUAUCUCCGGGCUGGUUUGAUAUUUUCUUCCCUACCAAUUUUGAAUUAUUGAGAGAUAUUUAUCUGUUGGUCUGUCAUUCUGGCAAAGCGAAAGAGAAUAUUAGAAUUUUGACACAACACGACUUUUUAAAACGUUACGCUGAUUUGGAAAGAACUAAAACUAGGAGUGGUGAAAAUCCGAUGCUAAUGUAUUAUGAGAAUGUCAAAUUUCUUUUAAGCUGA